CUCUCUCUCUCUCUCUCACCUCUCCUUUCCUCCCCAACUCUUGCUCUUGGCCACCGCUUGCGCUGUCCAGCAUUUUUCUUUCUUCCCCUCCUCCCAGGCAGAAGCGACGCAGCGCGUAACCACACAAAGCACCCCAUCGAGGUGAGGCUUUUUGAAGCCAUAGCCUCAGUCAUAAGCUCAUAGCACUCCUGCCUGCACUCGAGCCGAGCACUGGCCUACUGGUGUCCCCAAGACAAAACGGACAACUAGGACAACUGAACAACCCGAAAAGGACAGCACUCCUACAUUCUCCUGUGCCUUGCUCGCAGCUCCCCCUCACCCUCCCGCCUCAACACUCCAGUCCUUCCAGUCGUGAGGCCAUGGUGACUGUUGCGCGUGCCUUCUACAGGCGAUGGUCCUGUGAGAAAGACGAAGAAGGGGACGUAUUCCUGGUGUCCUACGAUGCAACGCACACGGCCAUCAACAUUCUCCGCGGCAAGCGCUUCCUGGAAUACGAAGUCGCUGUGGAUGACAAGCCAGGCCUGAUAUCCAUCCAGUGCCGAGAGUACCGCAUGACAUCUCAUCGCCACGGCGACUUCUAUUACCUGGGCAGCGUGGAGCACAGCAGGGAGGACCUCGACGGCAUCGCCAACUCCUACAGCGGCAGUCGCUAUCACAUGUGGAACGACAACUGCCGAUCCUUCUGCGACUGGUUCACGCACAAGCUCGGCCUCGGAAAGUUUUGCGCCUUGCUCGGCUUUCCAGUGGGCUCGCACCACAGCGGGUGGGGGCAUGUAUGGUACGCCCUCACGUCCAUCACGGGCACCAUUGUGAAGGAUACGGCGCUCAAGAUUGCUUUCAUAGCAGGUAUCAAGUCGCAGGCGUCCCGCGUGCACAAGUUCGGGGUCCCCUUUGUCGGUGGACCAAGGAAGAUCAAAAGCAUCAGGCUCAAGGACGUGGAGUGGCUUGCAUAGCACCGUCAAAGCUCUGGGAUGGGCAGACGCGGGGAAGGGUGUGUAAGUCUGCAUGUUGUGUUUUGUGUGUUGCUUUGGUUUCGCGGUGCAACCACGUGGUUGUUCUGUCAAUUGGACCUGCAC